AUGGCCGCGAAGCCGGCCGAACUGAUGGGCAUCUGCUCCAGCUACCAGGCGGUGAUGCCGCACUUCGUCUGCGUGGCCGAGGAGUUCCCGCCGCCCGCCCGCCCCGCCAAGGCCCCCAAGGGCAAGCUGCGGCGGCCGCGGCAGUCGCGCUUCAAGACGCAGCCGGUGACUUUCGACGAGAUCCAGGAGGUGGAGGAGGAGGGGGUGUCCCCUAUGGAGGAGGAGAAGGCCAAGAAGUCCUUCCUGCAGUCGCUGGAGUGCCUGCGGCGGAGCACCCAGAACCUCAGCCUGCAGCGGGACCGCCUGGGCAGCUGCCGCCUCCGCAACAGCCUCGACUCCAGCGACUCGGACUCGGCGCUCUGAGGGCGGCCCGGCCCGGCCCGGCUCGGCCCGGCGGGAGCGGCCCGGCGGCGGCGGCGGCACGGACUGGGCUGCGGGAGCCGCCCCGUCGCCGCCCGCGGAGCGCCCGGGGCGGGCAGCCGGCUCGGCAUGUUUUCUAAGAAAGCGCUUGUACCUUCGUUUCUAUUUGAUUGUAUGAAACUCUCCGUUUAAAAGACGAAAAAAAAUUAUCUUUUCUAUUUGUUAGAAAAAAUGAGCUGUUUUAGAUGCAUUGAGCUGCUGGACUUUAUAUUUAUUUUUGCAUUUAAACUGUUGACUGCAUUAAUUUAAUAUGUUUCUACCUGAAUGUCUGUUAUUAUUUCCAUAAGAGAGUAAUAAAAUCUGAUAUAUUUGCACAGUA